AUGCAGUCUAGUGGAAGGAGUACCGCGAUGAGCUCUCCAUUCUUUGACUUCGUCGAUAGCAUCAACCACGAGGUCAACUCCAUCAACAAUCGUCUCAUGAACGCAGGUCGCUCCGGACAACGGUCGUUGAGACCAGUGAGCCGCAUCAGCAAUUGGCUGCUUCCUCAAGAUGAGGACUUGAUGCCACCAGUGGACAUGUUGGAGCGCGAACGCGAAUACGAGGUUGGGAUAAGCGUUCCUGGCGUCGCCAGUCACGACGACAUCCAGCUAGAGUACCGGCGCAACAACAACGAAAUAAUUGUGUCAGGCGAGAUACCAGCUCUCGAGGAGGAUGCGGUUGAGGAUGGAUGGCGCGUGCGUGAACGUGCUCACGGGCGUUUCAAGCGGGCAAUUGGGCUCCCCGAGAAGCCGGGCAUCGAUGCAGAGCACAUAGAAGCCCAGUACAAGGACGGCGUGCUAAAACUGAAGGUGCCCAAGUUGGAAGACCGCGAUCAACCCGAUGAGGUGCGCCGCAUCGCCAUUGGCUCGAAACAAUAG